UCUCCAGUGUCUCUUCCUCUUCGGACUUUCAAACCAUUUUCAAACUGCUUUCAAAUUCGAAAAACAUUCAAAAAAAGUUACAUUCGCCAUUCAUUGUGUAUUCAUAUUCAUGUUAUAUUUUAUUACUGUAAUCGUAUGUAAGAUCUUCAAUUUUCAGAAAGAGUGAAUAGAAGUAGGAUUAAGAAUGGUGAAAAAAUCAGUUCUGGACUUCUUGGAGACCCAGAAUAGACCUUAUUCUAUAACAGAUAUCCAGAAUAAUUUUGGAAAGGAAUACGGUAAAUCCGCUAUUCAGAAAGCUUUGGACAAUCUGGUAGAAAAUGGACAAGUCAAAGAAAAGCUGUACGGUAAGCAAAAGGUUUAUUUUGUAUCACAAGAGACAAAAAAAUCGAAUGCUGAAAUCAGCGAAGAACUCAAAAUGCUCGAUAGAAAAAUCAACGAAAUAUCUCUUGAUUUAAAAGAGAAAAAACAAAAAAUCAAGAUCCUACAAGCUGAAAUUGGCAUGAAUGCGGAAACUUUAACCCUUCCUCAAGCCAUCAUGAAGAAAUCUGAUUUGAAAAACGAAAUUUGUUACUUCAAUAAUUCUUUGGAAGAAUUUGACGGUGAAGAGAUGGUUUCAGAUGAUGAGAAAAAAGAAGUUAUGGUGAGUUUUAACAAGAGUCUGGAAACUUACAAGAAAAGAAAGCGGCUGUGUAAGGAUAUUUUAGAUAUAAUUUUGGAGAAUUAUCCAAAAUCUAAGAAAAACUUAAUGGAGGACAUUGGAAUAGAAACUGAUGAGGAUGUUGGGUUCAUUUUUUCUGUAUAAUCUUAAUAAAAAAUACUAAAAAGUAAUCUUA